AUGGAAGAAUCAAAGAAGCAAAUAAUUGGGCAUCUUGAAGAACUUGCAAAUAAAUCUAAAGAUAUAAGUAAUGGAAAUGUUUUAGUCGACUCUAAGAUUAAAUCUCAAGAAGUUAAUGGUGUACUUACAGAUAACAGAGAGAAUGGCAUACGCCAAAGAAACGAGCAAAACAUAAACAGUGGAGAUCCCUUGAAAUCAUCGAAAGAAGAUUUGCCAUCUGUUAUUCCACGAGAUGUUAGACUUUUGCAUUUAAUAUUGGCAUCAAUGGGUGUAACAUCAUACGAGGAUAGAGUUCCUCUUCAAUUGAUGGAUUUUGCUUACAGAUUCACACAUGGAAUCUUACAAGAUGCACUUAUUUAUAAUGAUCACGCCCAUUCUUCCAUUACCCCUGCCGGCCUAGGUCCAGCUCAGAAACCCCUUACUACAGAAGAUGUCAGAUUAGCCAUUGCAGCUCGUCUCAAUUAUCAAUUUAAGCCUGCCCCUCCAAAAGAAAUGUUAUUAGAGUUGGCACAAGAAAAAAACAGAAGACCCUUACCAAUAAUUCAUGAGCAAUGGGGUCUUCGAUUGCCACCCGAAAAAUUUUGUUUGACUGCCAAAGAAUGGAGCUUUGAAGAAGAAAAAGAAUCUUUGCAAAAGAAAAAGAGAAUAAAAACCAAUGAUGAUAUUGUUGUUUCAGGGAGAGGGGUCUAG